GGGAUAUUCGACACGCAGCCCUACAUACGUCUCAAGAUGUACCGCCGUAAAAGCAUAUUUCUAGCUCGCUUUCCACCAAGGGAAAACGAACAAGGAUGUCCAUUGCGUAUUCGAACCGGUUCACAGUUUGCUACCUGACGUAAUCGUCUAUGCGAUGGAGCUUGGUCCACGCCCAGGAGCCGGCAAUGUCCGUCCUCCGCAGGGCUGGCGGGCCCAUGGCACGGCGCAGGGAGACGGGGGGCUCCCCGGCCGGGGCGAUUCACCAGGCCUGGAUGACCGGCGACUGCGUAGCGGCGGCGAUCACCGAUGCCUCCCUGCGCGGCCGCAGCGACGCUCGGGCGAAGCGCCGCGAGUCACUUACGCGGGGGCCGUCGUCGUGGCCGGUUUGACGGACGGCGAGGCCUGCGAGCCCGUACGAAUCGGGGGGGUGACCCCAGAGGCGCUGAUGCGAGAGAAACCCCAUUAGAUUGGGCGUGGUCCGACAGCGAGUAUCGGCUGCCAGCACAGUGGCAGUUUGGUCAGUCUAUUAUUGGAAACACGGAGAGGCUCAUAUUCGACGAAGCCUACGCGUCAAUGGGCUCAA